AUGUGGGUUUUUUUUGGGGUCCCUCCCCCACAGAAGGCCCUGCAGCGCCUGGUGAGCAGCGGCUUCACCUGGGGACAAGACCCCCCCCGCAAGCCCCCCCGGCAGCGCUGGUGUUGGGGACCCCGGCCCGAGGGCGGCGCGGUUUGGGAGCCCGCGGGGGGCCCGGGGGGAGCCCUGGAGCAGCUGCAGCUCAGCAGCGGGGAGGGCUCCCCCGAGGACGAGGAGCUGGAGUUGGUGGCCGAGGUUCGCGUGGCGGAUUUGGGGGGGCUGGCGGCCGCCUCGGGGCUCCUGCGCAGGGAGCGGCCCUGGAGGGCCCCCAAAGCAGGGGCCGAGGUUCGCGUGGCGGAUUUGGGGGGGCUGGCGGCCGCCUCGGGGCUCCUGCGCAGGGAGCGGCCCUGGAGGGCCCCCAAAGCAGGUCACCUCCCCGGCUCCUCCUCCCGCCGCUGGCGCGUCCCCGGGGGUCCCCCAUCCCCCCCGGGCCCCCCCGCCGGGACCCCCCCGGCUCCGCCCCUCCCCCACCGGACCCGCCGAGCCCCUCCCCCAACCCCGGGCCGGCCUCGACGUCCCCGGGGACCCCGAGCGGCCGCUCCGGGGGGACCGGGGGGACCCCAACAACAACAACAACAACAACAACAACGACCCCCCCAACCCCCUCCCGCCAGCCGGGACGAGCCCGGCCGCACCCACCCGCCGGAAAAAGCCGAUUCUUCCUCAUCCUCCUCUUCCUCCUCUUCUUCCUCCCGCUCUUCCUCCUCGUCCGCCUCCUCUUCCUCGGGCCCCCCGCCCGGUUCCGCCCGGCCCCGCUCGCCGUCCCUGGAUAUUUAUGAUCCUUUCCACCCCACCGACGAGGAGAACCCGGGCCUGGGGGGCGGCGGAGGGGCCCCCCCGGAAUUCGGCUACGGCGGCGGCGGCGGCGCCGCCUCCUCUUCCUCGCCCGGCAAAGAGGCCGAAGGCCGGCAGGACCAGAAGUACGACCCCUUCGACCCCACGGGCUCCAACCCCAGCUCGUCGCGCAGCAGCCCCAGCCCCGAGGAGGAGGAGGAGGAGGAGGAGGAGGAGGAGGAAGAGGAGGAGGAGGAGGAGGAGGAGGAAGAGGAGGAGGAGGAGGAGGAGGAGGAAGAGCCGCCGGCGCUGCCCGACGUUUCCCACAGCAUCAGCCGCAUCUCGGAGACCUUGGCCGGCAUCUACGACGACAACAGCCUGAGCCAAGACUUCGAGAAAGACCCGGAACCGGGACCCCCGAAAACGCCCCCGAACCCGCCCGGCGCCGACUCCACCCUGCCCGAGGAGGAGGAAGAGGAGGAGGAGGAGGAGGAGGAAGAGGAGGAGGAGGAGGAGGAGGAAGAGCGGGAGGAAGGCUCCUCGCCGCGCCGCCCCGCCGCCGCCGAGCCGCGCCGCCGCGUCUUCGUGGUGGAUCUGGGCGGCAAAGGCCGCGCCGAGAGCGAGGCGCACCCCAAGUUCGACGGCAAGCUCUCCUUGGAGGUGGUGACGGCCGGCAACCCCAAAGCGCCCCAAAUCCCGCCGCCGGCGCCGCCGCAGCCCCGCGCCGCCACCGGCGCCGCCGCCGGGACGCCCAAACCCUCCCGGCACCGCGGGCGCCGCGAGUGGGGCACGCCGGGGGACUCGGAGAUCGAGGAGGGCGAGAUCGUGCAGCCCGAGGAGGAGCGCUUCAGCCCGCUGCGCAUCUUCCGCGGCGCCGCCGGCGCCGCCGGAGCCGCCGGCGCCGCCCGCGGCCGCGCGCCGGAGCCGCGAGCCCCGCGGCUGCCCGAGGGCGGCGACGACUUCCUGUCGCUGCACGCCGAUUCGGACGAAGAGGCCGAUUUCGGCGCCGAAUCCCAACCGGAUCCGCGCUGGAAAGGCGGCGCCGGCGGCGGCUCCGACCUGCGGCGCAAAAUCCUGAGCCAGCGCCGGCUCCGCGCGCCGCCGUCGCCGCGCUCGCCCUCGGCGGCGUCCCGCAAGAAAUCCAAGCGGUCCCGCGAGCGCGGCGGCUCCGGCGGCGCCUGGGCCGGCGCCAAGAAAGCGCCGGAGCCGGCGCCGAAAUCCAAGGAGCGUCACCGGCGCCGCGGCUCGCGGUCGCGCUCGCGCCGGCGCUCGUGGUCGCGGCGGUCGCGCUCGCGGGAGAAGCGGCGGCGCCGGCGUUCCGGCAGCUCCGGGCGCUCGCGGCACAAGGAGAAGCACCGGGGCGAGAAGAAGAAGAAGAAGCAGCGCUCGAGGUCCAGGGAGCGCCGCGGGUCCCGGCGCGACGGCGAGGGCAAGGCGGAGAAGGGCGAGGGCGCGCGGCGCCGCGAGCCCCGCGCCGUGGUGCCGCCCUCGGUGCAGGAGCUCAACGACUCCGACCUGUUCGCCAUCAAAAGGACCAUCACGGUGAACCGGCGCGCCGCCGCCGCCACGCCCGAGCCCAAGCGCGAGGUGCUCUACGACUCGGAGGGGUUGAGCUUCGAAGGCUUCUCCGACCGCGAGCACGCCGAGUUCCCGGCGCGCAAAACCGAGGCGCGGCCGGCGCCGCCGGAGCCCGGCAAGAAGGAGAAGGAGAGGAAGCGGAGCCGGCCCGAGGAGCGGCCGGCGGGGAGGGAGAAGUACAAGAAGAAGUUCAAGGAUUACGCCGAGCCCGCGGCGGCUGAGGCGGGGAAGAGCAAGGAGAAGCAGCGGGAAAAAGCCGGGCGCAAAGGCAAAACGGGCGGGGGGCACAAGGAAGGGGCGGAAACGGCGGCGCCGAAACCGCCGGCGCCGGCGGCGCCGCCGCGCAAGGUGAAGCUGCAGUCCAAGGUGUCGGUGCUGAUCCGCGAGGGCGUCAGCUCCACCACCACGCCCGGCAAGGACGGCGGCGGCGGCGCCGGCAUCGGGGUGAAGUUCGCCCGCGACGCCGAGAGCCGCGCGGCGUUCCUCAAGGCGGAGGAGAAGGCGGAGAAAGGCACCCCCAAAAACGAGGGGCAGCCCCGAAGCGACGGGGGGGUGAAACCGCGCAAGGCGAAGCCCCCCAAGGCCAAGGGGGGCGUGAAGAAGGUCAAGGCCAAAGCCAAGGGCGAGGCGCGCAAGAAGAGGAAGGCCAAGGCCAAGAGCGGCGGCGCUUUGAAGAAAUCCAAGGCCGACAGCCAAAGCGCCGCGACCCCCCCUCUACGCCUGCCCCCCAAAACCGAACCCGCCUGGUCUGGCUCGGAGAAAUCCGCCGGCGGCACCCCGAAACCGCCCAGCCCCCCUUCCCCGGCCGCCGCCGCCCCCAAAGGCGCCGCGGGCGCCGCGGCCGCGCCGGCCGAGCGCGAGCUGACGCCGGACUCGCAGACGGUGGACAGCAGCUGCAAGACCCCCGACGUGUCCUUCCUGCCCGAGGAGGGCGCCGGGGGACCCCCCCAGACGGCGGGGACAGAGGGGACGGCGACGGGGGACCCCCCCGGAGGGGACCCCGAGGCCGACAGCCGCUGCGAGGGGAAGGACGAGGCGGGCAGAGCCCCGGCGGCGCCGGCGGCGGCGCCGGCGGCGGCGGCGGCGGCGGGGGGCUGGAGCCUGCAGGGCGGCGUGGACUGCGCCACCAGCGGCGUGUUGGCACUGACGGCGCUGCUGUUCAAGAUGGAGGAGGCCAACCUGGCCAGCAGGGCCAAGGCGCAGGAGCUGAUCCAGGCCACCAACCAGAUCCUGAGCCACAGCAAGGCGGCCCCUCCCCCCCUGGGCCCCUCCCAGCCUCCCCCCGCCCCCCCCGGGCCCCCCCAGGCCCCCCCCCCGUACCUGCUGCCCCUCGGGGGGGGCCCCCCCGCGCCCCCCACCCCCACCCUGCCCGGCCUGGGGGGGCCGGGGGCGGCCGGGGGGGGCACGGCCGGACCCCCCCUGUACGGAGGGGACAGGAGGGACAGCGAGGGCAGAGGGGACAGCGACAAGUACCUGCAGAAGCUGCACACGCAGGAGCGCGCGGUGGAGGAGGUGAAGCUCGCCAUCAAACCCUUCUACCAGCGCAAGGACAUCAGCAAGGAGGAGUACAAGGACAUCCUGCGCAAGGCCGUGCACAAGGUGACCAAAAACGGGGGGAAAACGGGCAAAAACGGGAAAAAACGGGAAAAAACGGGCAAAAAACGGGAAAAAAUGGGCAAAAAUUGGGAAAAAAUGGGCAAAAAUUGGGGGAAAAUGGAUACAGGGAAAUGCAAGGACAUCCUGAGCAAGGCCGUGCACAAGGUGACCCAAAACGGGGGGAAAACGGGAAAAAACGGGAAAAAACGGGAAAAAAUGGGCAAAAAUUGGGAGAAAAUGGGCAAAAAUAUUGGGGGAAAGUGGGCAAAAAUUGGGGGAAAAUGGGCAAAAAUUGGGAGAAAAUAGAGGUCUACAUGUGCAAGGACAUCCUGCGCAAGGCCGUGCACAAGGUGACCAAAAAUGGGGGGAAAACGGGAAAAAACGGGGGAAAAUUGGGAGAAAAUGGGCAAAAAUUGGGGGAAAACGGGAAAAAAUUGGGGGAAAAUGGGCAAAAAUUGGGGGAAAAUGGGGGAAAAUUGAGGGAAAUAGAGAUCUAGAGUGCAAGGACAUCAGCAAGGAGGAGUGCAAGGACAUCCUGCACAAGGCCGUGCACAAGGUGACCCAAAACGGGGGGAAAACGGGCAAAAACGGGAAAAAACUGGAAAAAAUGGGCAAAAAUUGGGGGAAAACGGGCAAAAAUUGGGGGAAAAUGGGCAAAAAUUGGGAGAAAAUGGGCAAAAAUUGGAGUAAAACAGUCAAAAAACGGGGCAAAAUGGGCAAAAAUUGGGAUAAAAUAGAGAUCUACAUGUGCAAGGACAUCCUGAGCAAGGCUGUGCACAAGGUGACACAAAAUGGGGGGAAAACGGGAAAAAACGGGAGAAAAUGGGAAAAAAUGGGCAAAAACUGGGAGAAAAUGGGAAAAAAUUGGGGGAAAAUGGGCAAAAAUUGGGGGAAAAUGGGCAAAAAUUGGGGGAAAAUAGAGAUCUACAGCACAAGGACAUCAGCAAGGAGGAGUACAAGGACAUCCUGCGCAAGGCCGUGCACAAGAUCUGCCACAGCCGCAGCGGCGAGAUCAACCCGGUGAAGGUGACGCGCCUGGUGAGCGCCUACGUGCAACGCUACAAAUACUUCCGCAAGCGCGGCCGCCGCGGCGCCGCCCCGGCCCCGCCUGACACCCCCCAAAACCCCUCAGCCCCCCAAAAAUCCCCGGGGGGCAACGCCCCGCCCGCCCUGCCCCUCCCCCCGCUGUAAAUACACCCCAAAAAAGGCAAAAAAACCCGACAAAAAUCCCCUAAAAAAAACCCAAAUUUCAUCCUCCCCGUCGUCCCCCCCCCGCGCGCGCGGAGAGGAAUGGUUUGGUCCGGUUGGGUGUGGCCGUGGGCGGGGCCGGAUUUGCUCGGAUUUGACCCAAAUUUUGCCCCCGAGCGGAAUUUUUCUCCCCCCCUCCCCUCCCCCGCCCCCGCGCGCGCGUCGGAAGUUGUGAGAUAAACGGAGUUUGGCCACGA